GUUUACAACACACCAUGGAUAUAGACAUAAACGAGAUCAUCAAGCCAGUUUCUGGAUACAUAAGUAGACCAUCCCAUGAACCUAUCCUUGAACCAUACAACUAUUUAGCGGAAAUCCCAGGAAAUAAUCAGAAUGUGAGAACAAAAUUCAUCAAUGCGUUCAAUGAAUUAUAUUACAAGAUUGACAAUAGGCUGUUGCUUGAUGCGAUUGGUGAGAUAAUUUCCAUUUUUCACAACUCGUCGUUGUUGAUUGAUGACAUUGAGGAUUCGUCAUUGUAUAGACGAGGAUUACCGGCUGCCCAUACGAAAUUUGGCAUUCCAUUAACAAUCAACUGCGGUAAUUUAAUGUACUUUAUCGCGUUACAAAAGGCCCAGCAUGAUUUACCACUUAAGUAUUUCACAGGUGUAGCAGAUAGUGAGGAAGUGGAUAAGUAUAAAUUUGAAACUCUGCAGAUCUUGAUUGAUGAAAUGUUAAAUUUGCAUCAUGGACAAGGAUUGGAUAUUUAUUGGCGAGACUAUUUGAUUAAGCUUGAAAAGUUACCAGACAUUGAAGAUUAUUUACAAAUGGUUAAAGACAAGACUGGAGGAUUGUUUAGAUUGUCGAUUAAAUUACUCACAUUGUAUUCUAACGCAAGUUUAGGCUUUGAUUUGAUUCCUGUUGCUAAUCUACUUGGAAUUAUAUACCAGCUCAGAGAUGAUUACUUGAAUUUAGUAGACGACAAAUAUUCAGCCAUGAAGGGCAUAGCCGGUGAGGAUUUAAUCGAAGGGAAGUUGUCUUUACCGAUUUUACAUUGUUUAAGAACUAGCAACGAAUCGAAUCCUGUUUAUAAACUACUACACACUUAUACCACUAGUGAAGAAAGAAAGAACCAACCGGAGUUAGUUGAGCAAAGCAUACGGUAUAUGAUCACCGAGUCCAAAUCUUUAGAAUAUACUCUUGAACUAAUUCAUGAUUUGGAAACCAAGGUGAAAGACUUGAUUUUACUGGAGGCACCGGAUUCUGAAAAGUCGUUAUUAUUUCAAAUCAUCAAUCAUUUAUGUGAUAUUUAAACUAGUGGUAUUCCUUGGAGUUUAGACUUGUCAUCACCAGCAUUCCACGAUUCCAAGAAUAAAUCAAGGUCACUAACAAAUGGUUUGGCAAGGCAUGCGUUGUAAUUGGAAGAGCUGUAAUGGUCAUCUGUAAUGGCAAACCGUUGCACUUCAUGUUCAAUGUUCUUGGCGACCAAAUUAUGGUGUAACGAAACAUCAAUAGUGUUUAAUUCGGGAUUUUUAUUAGAUAUAUUUGAUUUUAUGAGUUUAAUUAGUUCAGGGUAGGUGUAAUCUAAUCGUACUUUUUGUUGAAAUGUAGUAGGUACUGUGUCUGUAAGUUUUGGUGGGAUAAUAGAGUUGACAUUCUUUGGUUGUUCCAUAGUUUUAGAUACGAGAGAUUUGUAUCCUGGUCUCUUGGGUAUGACCAAAUUCAAGAUCUUCCUUGGACUAGCUUUCUUUUUGGGUUUGGUUAAGGGUUUUGGCAAGGUAAUCUCAUCACUUGGUUCAGCUUUCACUCGUCUAGUAGAAGAUCGAGUUUUCCGAGGAAUAAUAGCAUCACUGGGUUCUCGUUUGACAAGUAUACGUUUGCGUCCCUUGGCUCUUCUCGGAGGAAUAUCCAACUCCUGCUGGAUCAAUUCAUUAUAUCUCGCUAUAUCUGAAUCAUAAUUCUUAUUCUCUCGUUUAACUUUUGUACUUCUUCGUGUGGUGGCCAUAUGACUAU